AAGUGCUACUCCAGGACUACAGUCAGCUGUGAUGGCCAAACUUCAGGGCUUUGAGUUUUGGAGGAAAACUCUGAAAGAAGCACGCUAUGUGGUGGCUCCCAUGGUGGACCAGAGUGAGCUGGCUUGGCGUUUGCUUAGCCGCCGACACGGUGCUCAGCUUUGCUACACCCCCAUGCUGCAUGCUCAGGUGUUUGUCCGUGACGCCAACUACAGGAGGGAAAACCUCUACAAUGAAGUUUGUGAGGAGGACAGGCCUCUUAUUACACAGUUUUGUGCCAAUGAUCCAGAGGUGUUCCUUCAGGCAGCUUUGCUGGCUCAGGAUUAUUGUGACGCCAUCGAUCUCAACCUGGGCUGUCCACAGAUGAUUGCUAAGAGAGGACACUAUGGAGUUUUUCUACAAGAUGAAUGGGACCUGUUGGAAAAAAUGGUCAGCUUAGCCAACGAAAAGCUCAAAGUGCCAAUCACGUGCAAGAUCCGUGUGUUCAAGGAGGUUGAAAAGACAGUCCGCUAUGCCCAGAUGCUCGAGAAAGCUGGAUGUCAGCUGCUGACAGUGCACGGCAGAACCAAAGACCAGAAAGGCGCCAUGACAGGUAUCGCUAGCUGGGAGCACAUAAAGGCUGUACGGCAGGUGGUAAAUAUUCCAGUAUUUGCUAAUGGCAACAUCCAGCACCUCAGUGAUGUGGAGCGCUGCAUUCAGGAAACAGGCGUGCAGGGAGUGAUGAGUGCAGAGGGGAACCUCCAUAACCCAGCGCUGUUUGAAGGCCACAGCCCCCCGGUGUGGGAAAUGGCUGAGGAGUAUCUAGAGGUGGUGAAGCGCUAUCCUCCAUGUACUCUGUCCUACGUUCGAGCCCACCUCUUCAAGCUGUGGCAUCACACGCUGCAGAUCCACCAGGACCUGAGGGAGGAGUUGGCCAAGGUGAAGACUCUGGAGGGUUUGGCUGACGUUAGCAAACAGCUGAGGCUUCGCUGUCAGGAGGAGAUAGCCAAAGGAAAAGAUUCAGAAGAUAAAGAAAGCGGACUUCCUUUCCCCCACUGGAUCUGCCAGCCAUAUGUCAGACCAGUGCCAAAGGAGACGGUUACCAACGGUAACAGCCAGGCAUCAGUGUUGAAGAAGACAGUUUGUCAGAAGAGGGCACUGGAGGACUGUGAUGGAUCAGCUGACACACUCUCCAAAAACAAGCAGAAGAAGAGAUCCCGCAACCCCAAAAAGAACUUCUGCCCCGAACAGAAACCCAAAUACAUCAAAUGUGAACAAUGUGGUAACCCAAAGGGAAAUAAGUGCGUCUUCAGCCUUUGUCGAGGCUGCUGUAAGAAGAAGGCUUACAAAGAAGUGGCAGACUGUCCAAGCCACGGGCUGAGGUUCAAGACCAAGGCAGAGAAACGGAAAGCAGAGGAGAAGGAGCAGGCGGAGAGGUCCACAACAGAGGUGGAGAGAAGCGACCGCAUUCCUCAGCCUCUGCAGGAUUCAAGAAGGGAACUGGAGGAGCCUCGGCCGCUGCUAUGAGCAGGACUGCAGCCAUCUCUGCGUGCACAAACCACACACUCACUGGAGGGUGGAAGCAGUGCAUGCAGUAGUCAGUGCAUACUGUGUACACAGCUGCUAAGUAGUCUGUUUGGGACUGAUGGUGAAGUGUGGACAUCAAUCAACAGACCAAAAAAUAAAAGCUUAUUUUUAUGUAAAAGGGAUUUCUAGGUGAAUAAGCAGUCGGGGCGGGGGACUGGACUUCUGAAAAUGCAAUGGUUCAAAUAUAAUUUAUUUAUUUUUUACAUUUUUUUAAGGACAGAUAUUCUAAAGACAUUAUUUUGCCCAAAGUUGUUGGUGAGUCUUCACAGGGAAAGAUUUAGUAACUCGUUGAACUGUAAAAGGAUCCUGAAGCAGUUUGGUUUGUUUCAAAUGCUGCAACUGUACUUAUGGUACGAGAUGUUUAGUCACAUAUAAAUAACAUUGUGUGCUUGAUUUUGUAUCCACAACUCAAGCACACACGUUAAUGUCUGUCUCGUUAGUGCUUUGAAGCUUUCUGAUAAGUUAGGACUACCUAACCCAUCAUAGGGACUGAUAAGUGUCAUUUUCAGGCUCUGAUACAUGACUUUAAUUAAAGCGUUCAUCUUCUUGUUCAAACAUGACAGAAUCCAUCUUAAAUCAGUCAGGAGAAGUAAAAUAUCACAAAACCAGUUCUCACAAGUGGAACUUUACUUAUUUCUUAGUUCUGGCAUCUGUUAAAAAUAAGUAGCGUUUCAUACAGGAGCUGGUCAGAAGCCUUAGUCUUAGUAUCGCCUGAGCAAGCUCUUCUGACAGGACUGGACGCAGCAUCUACCUGUCUAUAUGUGGUUUAAUUAAAGUCACGAAUGUGCUUACUUUCUUUAUUUUGCAUUAACAUUAGCCCAUAGUGCAUUUACUGUGUGCCUUUUGAAUGAAAUCACUGUCUGUCCUGAACUUAAGCAUAAAGGACACAAUUCAGCGCUCCCUCUGCUGCUGAGUAAAACAUGCUCAGCCUGAAAUUUAAAGGUGCUGCUUGCGUAUACAGGGUAAUAAGGUACAAUGGACAUCAAAGAGGAUGUGUGUUUUGUGUUAGUUAGCGCCAUGCUGUCAAAGGUUGGGGGCAAUUGUAAAUUUGGCAACACAGAUGAACAAAUAUAUAGAUUUUUAUCUGUAAUGAUGGAGCUAUAAUGAAGUCACCCUCUGGUUUCUGGACUCUGACUUUUUGAAAAUACAUUUUAAUUCUUCCUAUUUCAAUUUUAAAAAAAUCUUUUUGUGUGGAAGAGUUAAGUUGUGAACUAGCUCUGGUUAGUUUGGUUAGCAAGCUUCAGCCACAUGCAUAUGGCUCUCACACAAACCUGCUAAUUAGGGACAAAGUAAAGGAGUCAUAAAUUGCACUCACCAGCCUUUAGCACAAACGUUUUGGACUAUUGCCAUUUAAAAAUGCUUCAAAAGGUGUAAAACUCACAAAAAUGCUAAAUCCAGGUACCUCGGCGUAAAGGAGGAGUAACAUGACUCCUGUUCAACAUUGUGGUCACGUCCCCAAUGUUAAGUCUUACAGGUGUUCAGAUUCAUUUUUAAGAGAAAAGAUGUAUUGAAACUACAAUAAAGGUCCAAACCAUUUUUACAGCAGACUCUAAAUGCACUUUUAAUAUUGUAAAGCAUUUUAGCAAAGGUGUUUGGUGACUGACAGCCUCAAGUGGUGAAUCCAGGAACUGCAGUUUUUGCUUCAUGUUUUCAGGUUGCCGUUUGGGUGGCACUGAUGUCUUUGUCUCCUUGGUAACUAGCUUGUUUACUAACAGGACAACCUAAGCAAGCCCAAAAAUGCUUUAACUAAUUCCGAUAAAUAUUUAUUACUUAAAGCAUUUGCUGUUAUGAGCUAUUUUAGAUUCAUUUUAAAAAACCUGAAUUCUGAUUGCAGGCUCCGGGAGCUUCCUGUUUACGUUUUUUUUAUUUUUCAUUUUUUUUAUUUAUGACAAAUCGGUAAACCUGUGUCGGUUUUAUUUCCUGCUUUUCAUAUUGUUUUUCUUAUAGCCUUUGCAGCUGGUACAAUGCGGUAUUUUAAA